UCGUGUUGUUUAGGUCAGAAAUUCGAAUUACGCGUAUGGUACCGUACCAAUUACCAGUCGAAAAGUCGGGCGAUAAUAAUUUAUAACUCUAACACUGAUAAAAAUAUUACUCGUUAUUCAAUUCUAAUAUUAGUGUAUAACUUGUAAGUUUCAAGCAGCUCCAUUAUUUUCGAUUCUAGUCAUGAGCGACAGAUCGGAAGUGCUUAAAGCAAUCAACAAACUCUUUGAAAAAAGAGAGCCAUGGCAAAUCAUUUCUAUGACAGCUUCUUCUGUAUUAGUAGCAGUUUGGGCUCACAGUCUCUACAAUGCAAAAGAAACGCCAACAACCAGGUUGCGAAAACAGUUUUUCCGAUGGCUGCGAUACAUACCGUUUGUGCAGCGAAAGAUCGACGAAAAAAUGGAUGAGAUAAAGAGGGAUUUCAAGCGCGACGUAGCCAAGAGACUCGACGGAGUUCCCAUCAGGAGAGAGAUACCAGAGGUCGGCUUCACACCAGAGGCAGUGGCUGAAGAGAUACUUGACCUUAUUAACUUAGGGUCGUACGACUGGCGCGGCGGCAACGUAUCGGGCGCGGUGUACCACCUCGACCAGGACAUCGUAGAUGUGGCGUGCGCCGCGUACGCCGCCACCGCGUACACCAACCCGCUCCACGCGGACGUCUUCCCCGGCGUCAACAAGAUGGAGGCCGAGAUCGUGCGGAUGGCGGUCAACCUGUUCCACGGGGAUGACGAAUGCUGCGGCACGGUGACAACAGGCGGCACUGAAUCUAUCAUGAUGGCGUGCAAGGCCUUCAGAGACCUGGCGUACGACCGCGGCAUCAGCAAUCCGCAGAUGAUUUUGCCGACGACAGCGCACACGGCAUUCGACAAGGCUGCUCAGUACCUCGGCAUAUCGGUGGUGACGGUGCCCGUCUCAUCGGACACACUCACUGUUAAUGUUGACGAUGUGCGACGAGCCAUCUGUAGACGAACUUGUAUGAUCGUGGGUUCCGCUCCAAACUUCCCGUACGGCACCAUGGACGACAUAUCGGCGUUAUCCGACUUAGCCGUGGAAUACGGUAUCCCGCUCCACGUGGACGCGUGCCUGGGCGGGUUCCUAGCGGCGUUCAUGCCGGCUGCCGGAUAUCCGGUCCCGCCGUUUGACUUCCGGCUGCCGGGAGUGUGCAGUAUGUCCGCUGAUACGCACAAGUACGGCUUCGCGCCGAAGGGUACAUCGGUAGUGUUGUACCGUAAGCCGGAGUACCGCCACUGUCAGUACACUGUGACCACAGACUGGCCGGGCGGCGUCUACGGCUCACCCACUGUCAACGGCAGUCGCGCGGGCGGGCUCAUAGCGGCGUGCUGGGCGACCAUGAUGUACGUGGGCCGCGAGCGGUACGUGCGCAUGGCCAGAGAGGUGCUGCAGACUACGAAGUACAUUGAGAGAGAGCUACGCAGCAUCGACGGCAUCUACAUAUUCGGCAAACCCGCGACCAGCGUCAUAGCGUUCGGCUCCAACAAGUUCGAUAUCUUCAAACUGGCGGACCACCUACACAAGAAGGGCUGGAGUUUGAACACUUUGCAGUUCCCGUCAGGGGUGCACAUCUGCGUGACGCACACGCACACGCGCGACGGUGUUGCGGCGCGGUUUGUGUCGGAAGUGCGCGACGCGACGCGCGCCUGCCUUGCAGAAGGCAGCGAGCCGGUACAGGGGAAGAUGGCAAUAUACGGAGUCGCACAGAGCAUUCCCGACAGGAGUCUAGUGUCAGACAUCACUAAACACUUUAUCGACUCCUUGUAUUACUUGCCAACACCCGAAGAUAAAGUCGAGAAAGAUAUAGAGAAAUAAGGUGAAAAGGGAGAGACACAAUGCAAGAAAUUAUUGAAACACACUUUGUCAAACGCUACUUUGUUCAUUAUGUUCAUGAAGAAAUCAUGCAGAACAAUAAAAUGUAUAGCACUAAUAAAAUGACGUGUGUGUAUGUUUAAAGAUUAUAUUGUGUAAUAUUCUAUACUUAAAUAAUAAAUUUUAAAAUAAUUAUAUUAGGGAACAGAAAAUGUAUUCUUGAAUUUGACAAGUGUGUUUCAACUAGUAUUUUUUUAGUACUUUAUCAGUUAGAUGAUAUUUUGAUAGUCAUUGUAACUAUAUUAUUUAUUUGUAAGUACAUACAUUGUUAU